CCCCCUACCCGAUUUCUUCCUUUUUCUAAUCCAACGGUCCAAAUUCCAUCUUUCCAAAAUCCCUCCAUCUUCCCCAACGCGAUCAUCGCCCCCCCCCCCCCUUCUCCCACAAGCCCCCAAAAUUAGCCCUCCAUUUAACUCCUCUCUCUCUCUCUCUCGCGCGCGCAAUUUCAAAAACCAGAUCUACACCUCCCUCUUUCUCUCUCUUACAUUUUUCUCUUCUUCUUCUUCUUCUUUCAACGAUGGCGGCAGCACCUUCCGCUCGAGAGGAGAGCGUCUACAUGGCCAAGCUCGCCGAGCAGGCCGAGCGCUACGAGGAGAUGGUCGAGUUUAUGGAGAAGGUGUCCGCCUCCGUCGACAGCGAGGAGCUUACCGUCGAGGAGCGGAACCUCCUCUCCGUUGCCUAUAAGAACGUCAUCGGAGCUCGGCGAGCCUCCUGGCGUAUUAUUUCCUCAAUUGAGCAGAAGGAGGAGAGCCGCGGCAACGAGGACCACGUUUCCAUUAUCCGGGACUAUAGGGCCAAGAUCGAGUCUGAGCUCUCCUCAAUCUGUGAUGGGAUCUUGAAGUUGCUUGACACUAGGUUGAUUCCCUCUGCAUCUUCUGGGGAUUCUAAGGUGUUUUAUUUGAAGAUGAAGGGAGAUUACCAUAGGUAUCUAGCCGAAUUCAAGACUGGAGCUGAGAGGAAGGAGGCUGCUGAGAGUACCCUCACUGCUUACAAAUCUGCACAGGAUAUUGCAAAUGCAGAACUUGCGCCUACUCACCCAAUCCGUUUAGGGUUGGCUUUGAACUUUUCAGUGUUUUACUAUGAAAUUCUUAAUUCUCCUGAUCGUGCUUGCAAUCUCGCUAAACAGGCUUUUGAUGAGGCAAUUGCUGAGUUGGAUACUCUGGGAGAGGAGUCAUACAAGGAUAGCACUUUGAUCAUGCAACUUCUCCGUGACAAUCUCACUUUGUGGACCUCCGACUUGCCGGAUGAUGGAGCCGAUGAGAUUAAAGAGGCAUCUAAACCCACUGAUGAACAGCAGUGAGAAUGCUUCACUGCAAAUUAGGAUUCAACUCCGCUAUAUGUUUUUAUUAGGAGAAGGUGCUUGUUGCUAAUUUGCUUGCUAUUCUGAGAUUUAGGUAUUCUUGUAUUGGUUAUGAAUUGUGGACGCCCCAAGCUUCAUUUUUCAUUUAUUUUUUUAACCUUGUUUCUUUUUUAGUUUGUCUUAUCAAUUUGUGCUUUUGAAUGUCCCUUAAUUUCUUGAUGCUAUUGAAUCCUUUUAUAUGCGUUUAGCGUUAAA